CCUCCUCUCCCUCUCUCUCUCUCUCCGCGGAAGCAGAGCCAGAACCAAAAGAAGAAAGUGAAAGAGACGACAGAGAAAGAGACAUGGGGAAAUGUGGCAUGAUCCGGUACGUGGGGAGGGUGCGCCAGAUGCUCCGCAAGUGGAGGACAAGGGCGGCGCUGGGGCGAGGUUGGCGGGCGCCGGCGGACGUGCCCGCCGGCCACGUGGCCGUCAGCGUAGGGAGCAGCGGCCGCCGCUUCGUGGUUCGCGCGGCGCAUCUCAACCACCCGGCGUUCCGGAAGCUCCUCUCGGAGGCCGAGGAGGAGUACGGCUUCUCCGCCCACGCCGGCCCCCUCGCCGUCCCCUGCGACGAGUCGAGCUUCGAGGAAAUCCUCCGCCAAAUCUCCUCCUCUUCAUCGUCCGCCACCAAGUUGGCAAAUCUCGAUGACUUGAAAGACUUCUGCUCCUGCUGCCCCGUGGACAUCAGGAGAGGGUGGAGCGCGGACUCUUUGCCGUUGCUCCAGGGGUUCUCCGAGAAGACGGGGCGGUGAGACGCUGGUGCUCCGGUUUGGCCCGUCGGCGGCCGAGUGUUCGUUGUUAUUACCGUGGACUCGCAUCGCUUGGGAUUUGAAGAUAAUUGGAGGGAGAAGGGUUAAUUUGUGCUUGUAAUUUGUGGGAAUCAGUUUUUGUUCUUGAGUUUGAGUCAUUUUAUCAUGGAGAAGAAGGGUGUAGCAAAUGUUCUCCACUUCUCCAGUGUAAGUAACUGCUAACAAAACUAAAAUAAAGAUCACUGUUAUGCGUCA